UCCCCGCGGCCGCAAUUGGCUGGCCGGUUCCCACUGCCCGGUUCCUUUGCCCGUAACGGGCCCGGGGUGCGCGCCGUUAUCCGCCCAGUUGGGAGCGGUGAUUGGCCGCGGGGCGCACCUUCCAGGGAGCCUCCGGCUCGCGUAGGCUGCGCGUUCCGGGCGGGGGGGGGCGCGGCCCCGCGUCUGUAGCCGCUGCGGUCCGGUCCGCCCGCCUGUGCAUCCGCCAGUCCCUCCUGCCGCCCGCCUGCUGGGCAGGGCCGGCCCGGCCAUGGAGUCCUACGACAUCAUCGCCAACCAGCCCGUGGUCAUCGACAACGGUUCGGGGGUGAUCAAGGCUGGCUUUGCAGGAGACCAGAUUCCCAAAUACUGUUUCCCAAACUACGUUGGGCGCCCUAAGCACAUGAGGGUGAUGGCUGGAGCCCUGGAGGGGGACCUGUUCAUUGGACCAAAAGCAGAGGAGCACCGCGGGCUGCUGGCCCUGCGCUACCCCAUGGAACAUGGCGUGGUGCGGGACUGGAAUGACAUGGAGCGCAUCUGGCAGUACGUCUACUCCAAGGACCAGCUGCAGACUUUCUCCGAGGAGCAUCCUGUCCUUCUGACGGAAGCCCCGCUCAACCCGAGUAAGAACCGCGAGAAGGCGGCAGAGGUGUUCUUUGAGACCUUCAACGUGCCGGCCCUGUUCAUCUCCAUGCAGGCUGUGCUCAGCCUGUACGCAACAGGACGCACAACGGGAGUGGUUUUAGACUCGGGGGACGGGGUCACCCAUGCUGUCCCCAUCUAUGAGGGCUUUGCCAUGCCGCAUUCCAUCAUGCGGGUGGACAUAGCUGGCCGCGACGUGUCCCGCUAUCUCCGGCUGCUGCUGCGUAAGGAAGGCGUCGACUUCCAUACCUCUGCUGAGUUUGAGGUCGUCCGGACCAUCAAAGAGCGAGCCUGCUACCUGUCCAUUAACCCGCAGAAGGAUGAGGCCCUGGAGACAGAGAAGGUGCAGUACACCUUGCCAGAUGGCAGCAUGCUCGACGUGGGGCCAGCGCGAUUCCGGGCCCCCGAGCUGCUGUUCCAGCCAGACCUGGUGGGGGACGAGAGUGAGGGGCUACAUGAGGUGCUGGCCUUUGCCAUCCACAAGUCCGACCUGGACCUCCGCCGAACGCUGUUUGCCAACAUCGUGCUGUCGGGUGGCUCCACGUUGUUCAAAGGCUUCGGUGACCGAUUGCUAAGUGAGGUGAAGAAGCUUGCCCCAAAGGAUGUCAAAAUCAAGAUCUCAGCCCCUCAGGAACGGCUGUACUCCACGUGGAUCGGUGGCUCCAUCCUGGCCUCACUGGACACUUUUAAGAAGAUGUGGGUCUCCAAGAAGGAGUACGAAGAGGAUGGCUGCCGUGCUAUUCAUCGUAAAACCUUCUAGUGCCCAAGGAGGAGGGGUGGCGUGUUAAGAGAAUGGGAGGACAGGGAGCCAGAGCCCUUGGCCUCUCCAGUCUGGGCUUAUACUGGGCCUCGGGUCCCCUGCAUGCCAAGCAGGCAGUGCACACACACGCACACACAUGCACACGCACGCGUGCACACAUGGUAACCUUUAGCUGCAUGGGUGGGAGUCUUGAGCUAGAAUAUAGGAAUUGAGGAGCCCAGCCUUGGGUGGUUCUGGGUGUCCUUGGCAGGGCCAUUUAGGUCCAUGGUUCCUGGCUCUGACCUUCAGGGCUGCUUCCCUAGCUCCAAGGCCAGACCCCCAGAUGCCUCCAUUUCCCCUGAUAGGGUCCCUCCCAGGGCCAGCAUGCCUGGCUGCCUGUGUAAGCAGUCUUGGCAGUGGCUGGAGGAGGGGGUGUCCAGCAGCUCACCGCUGGUGCAUCAUUGCUUCUCGUGCCACCUCCUCUUCCGACCCGACAGGGUAGCAAAGAGGGCCAGCCACUCCUAGGCAUCCCUGACCUUCCACACUCUGUGCCCCAUCUUCCUGAGUGGACAUCUUGGUACAGGCUGAGUACUGGGGGUCUGGCCCAGGGUUGGACCCUUUGGAGCUGGGGCAGGCCAUGCCCGGGGUCUGGGCAGACAGUCUGUCACGCUCCCCUCUCAAAGCACUUGCUGACUUCCGCGCCCCCUCCUUUGCCCCAGCACCCUGGACAGGGAAGGGUUGAGGGCAAGCCACUUAAUCAGGAGUCAGACCCGAGGGAUGAUGGGGCUGAGGGGUGAAGGAGCCACAUCUCCUCUCCCACAAAGGAGGUCUUCAUCACCCUGGACCAGGGCCCCUCUCCCCCUCCCAGAUCUGUACAAUAAUUUAACACAGUUGCCUGAAGAAAACUUUUUUGUAAAUCAUUAUAGUAGUAAUUAUGGACAAGGCCCAAUGUGUAGCUCUGUUUCUGGUGGUUCUUGUGCUGUUUGCUCGCCCAUCCCUGGGGACUUUGAGAGAAAGGACCAGUGAGAUCACAGCAUGGCAUUGCCUCUCGCCCAGAAGCCUGAGGGUUUCAGUGGUUGGCAGGACAACAUGGCACAGGAGGCCCCAGAGGGCUGGGCUGUCAACCUGGUGGCAGAAUUCCCAGCCUCAUGACCCGCCUGCUGCCCUCCGCCAGGGAGAGGCAGAGAACAGGCUGCUGUCCUCGGCCUUGUCCCUGGACAGGGCCUCCUGGUGGGCAGGACUGGGGCGUGGUGCCCCCACGUCCUCGCAUGCUCUGUGAGCACCUCUGCUGCCCUGCUCAGACGUGGCUGAGGCUGACAGACCCACCAUGAUGCAGGCCCAGCAUUCAGACAGGUCAGAAAGGAGAGUGAUGGGGACAUGGCAAAGGCCGUGUCGGUGAGCUGGGCUCUGAAGGUGAGCUGAGGACAGGAGGGGCAGAGGGGGCACUGAGAAGUGACAGUCCAGAGUGCCCGCCCUUUCUUUCCUUCACCAAGUAUUCAAACUUAGUGUGUCCAGGAGGGUGCCACGUUUGGGCCAGUGGUAAAUAAGACGUAUCUUUACCUUCAAAGCAUUCAGGUCAGAGAAAGGUAAACAGACUGAUUCAGUACAAAGUUGUGGGGGCCAAAGGAGGAGCAUCUAACCCAGCAGGUGGGCAGGCUGACUUGCACAGGUCCGGAAGGUGUCAGCCAGGUGGGAGAGGGUGUUCCAGGUGGAGGUAGGAACUCAAGGAGAUGCCUGGGGCCAGCGGGGCUGGACAGAAGGGCAUGGACCCCAGUGAUGCCAAGUCAGCAGGGAAGGGAAAGUGGUCUCUGGCUGGAAGGCAGGAUACACCCAAAAGGUAGGUUGGGGCCAGCAUGUGGAGGGUCUUGAGAGUUUCUAGCUGUGUCCUGGGUGAUAGGUGGCCAGCCAUGGGAGGAUGGUUAUUAGAGCUGUGUGUUGAAAGUAGUCAGAGUUGGUGGGGCUAAGAGAGGGCCCAAAACUGGGAUCAGGUAGGAGGGGAGAGAUGACUGAGUCAGGCUGCCUUUACAGGGCAUUUUGUGAGGCAGUGGUCAGAGAGCAGUUAAGCCGGUUCCCACCCUCAAGGCAGAAACAGAAUUUACAGAAAACCCUUUGUUUGGGGUUCUGUUCAUGCCACUCUCCCACCCAUACAAGUUGAAUCCUUAUGGACUCCUCCCUCUUCCUUACCUCCCCCACAUUCUGCCAGUUAACAAGUUCUGUUGGUUCUCCUGUAGUACCUCUCCUGCCCAUUGUUUCUUUUCCAUGAUGGCCACUACCACCCUGGCUUAAGACCACAGCUCCUUUCUCCUUCCCACCAAAUCCGUUUGCUGUUGGACCUAUCACCCAGGCAACCUUGGCUCUGCCACUUCCUAAUCCCAAGUGGCAAGUGGUUCUCCCCUGCCUGGUGAAAUCCCCUUCAUGAACUACAUGCUGCAUUUGGUGAUGUCCCUUUGGGGUCUGUCCCUUUCCUGUUUUAGGCUUCCACAUCAUCAUGCCCUGCUUUGCCUGCCAGCUGUCCUCGUGCUGGUAAUGACGUUCCCAUAUGUCAAGAUCUCAUCCUUCAAGCCAAGCAUGAUGCAGCAUCCUCCCUAUUCCCCUCCUCCUAGCAGGGAUGAUGUGGUUACAGAGCUCUGGCCCUGCCAAGUUUCUCACUGCUGGAGCAAAGCCACAGAUGAGAAGCUUCUACGGGAGAAUCAUUUUCUGUUUUGCCAACUUGUGUGGAUUGGCCUGUGGCCCCCUUCUUCCAUCUUCAGACCAGCAACACUGCGUCUCUGACCAUUCUUCCAGUCACAUCCCCCUGACUUCUGCCUCUUUUGUGCUUAUUGGGCCACCCAGGGAACCAGGAGAAUCUUUUAAGUCAGGUGAUUAGCAAUCUUCAUUCCGUCUGUUGCCAUUAAUAACCUUUUACUAUGGAACCUAACAUAUUCAUAGUUUCCAGGCAUUAGGACAGGCACAUCUCAGGGGAGCUGUUCCUCUGCCCGCCAGUCUGGAAAUGUACUGGAGAUUUUUCUCUUUUUUAAGGGAAGAAUUGGUUAAAAUGUCUAAAAGACAGAGGGAAAAGCAGCAAAGUGGGCUUAGAGAUGAGGGAGGGAUUAGACAGAUCAGAUCAGUGAUAUGGGGAGUCAUUUAAGGUGGGAGUGGUAGGCGUAGAUUUCAUAGAUGGCUACCUAGGUGUUCCCUUUCCCAAAGGGAAAGGCCUUGAAUGACAGGUAAAUGCUUGGGCAUUUCUUGGAGACAAGAAUGACUGACAGCAAGAAAUGGAAGCAAUUUUCCCUGUACCUUUAAGAAGAGACAUUGCAAGCCUGGGGCAAAGGAGCUUUUCUCUUGGACUCUAUCAUCAGUUCAAGUAAAAGAUCUAGUUUAAAUCAAUCUUGAGACAGUAACUAAAGCACCUCUGUGGCUAAUCCCAACACAAAAUGAAAAAGUACUGUUUCUAUUUUACAGGUAAUCAUAGUUUGAGAAUGUAAUUGUCUAAGCUGUCACAAAUAUAAAGUGGUUAAAUUGGGCUGUUU